UGAAGCCAUGGACCCCUAGUGCAGCGGCGCCCCUCCGCCCCGGGCUCCCUGCCCAGCUGCCAGCCGGGCACAAGUUCAUGGUGAUGGGGGCAGCAGCUCCCGCAGCCCUGGGUCUGGAGUCACCGACCUCCCUGCCCCGGGCGGCCCGGGCACCGAGCCUCCCCCGCGCCCAUCAGCCGUGAGUGCCCGCGCCCCUCCUGGACUGAGCCCGCCGCUUCGGGAGCCCCCCGAGCGGAGCUGGGGCGCCAGGGGUAGGCGCCGGCCGGGGAUGACCGCGGAGAGCCAGCAGCCCCGGUGCGGGGCCAGCCCCGCCGAGCCCGGUCUCCUGAUCAUGCCCCUGGUGAAGGCGGAGCCGGGGCCCCCCGAGGCGGGGCCGCGGGGCGCCGGCCGGCGGCGGAAGCGGCCGGUACAGCGGGGCAAGCCCCCGUACAGCUACAUCGCGCUCAUCGCCAUGGCCAUCGCGCACGCCCCGGAGCAGCGGCUCACGCUGGGCGGCAUCUACCGCUUCAUCACCGAGCGCUUCCCCUUCUACCGCGACGGGCCGCGCAAGUGGCAGAACAGCAUCCGCCACAACCUGACCCUCAACGACUGCUUCGUCAAGGUGCCGCGGGAGCCGGGCCGCCCGGGCAAGGGCAACUACUGGGCGCUGGACCCGGCGGCCCGCCACAUGUUCGAGAGCGGCAGCUUCCUGCGGCGGAGGAAGCGCUUCAAGCGCAGCGACCUCUCCACCUACCCGGGCGCCGCGCCCGGCGGGGCCUUCGGCGCCCCCGCCGCCUGCUACCCCGCCGCGCCGCCCGCCCCGCGCCGCCUCUUCGGUCUCGGGGGGCCGCCCGGCGCCCAGCUCGCCCCGCAGCCCGGCCGGCCGCUCAGCCCUGAGCUGGCCCCGGCCCCCGCCAGCUCCUGCGCCUUCGCGGGAGCCGCCUACGCCAGCCCGGGCUGUGCCGGGGGCGCCGUCCCCUACCCGUACCCGGGCCCUGGCGCGCCGCUGCCGCUCAGCCAGGGGCCCUACGCGCAGGGCAGCGGCCAGCUGUACCCGCCCGGCCGCCUGGCCCUGUCCGCCUCGCCCCCGCUUGGCGGCGACAGCCGGGACUUCUACGGCCGCAUGUCCCCCGGGCCCUGCCCUGCGCUGGCCCACGGCUACAGCUCCGGCGCGCAGCUGGGCGGCCCCGGCGCCUACCUGCGCCAUGCGCCCUACCCCGGCGCCGUGGAGAGGUUCGUCCCGGCCAUGUGAGGGGGCCCGGGCUGGCGCUGGAGCGGCCGCUGGAGGGACAGAGCCGCGCCCCCGGGAGUGAGGAGCAGCGUCCCCUGCCGCAGGGAGCCGGCCCCAUGGGCUCCACGGGGUCCCCUCGGGGCCAUGGCUAGCCAGGGGUGGCUCCCGCUGAGCGCUGUGCAGGGCGGCGGUGCAGGGCCGCGGGGGGAGGGGGGGAACUCUGAGACCGAGGUGUGGCUGCAAAGCCCCCGGCCGCGGCCCUGGACAAGGCGAGUAGUCAGCGUUGUUCCCCUUUGCGUGCGCCCAGAACUGUGCUCCUGGACUCGCCCGGCGUGGGGAGCCAUGGGGCGCGCGGGCUGCUCCCCACAUCGCCUGCCUCCCCCUGUCCUCUCUUCCCCGCGGGGCCCUGCGGGGUGCAGGGCAGCACCGAAAAGGGAGAAGGCUCCGAGUUGUGCCUGCCCAAGACCCAAUUCCACAUGAACCAUAAAAUCAUUCUGGCCCGGACUCAUCGGUCCCUUGACUCCCGUUUCGUUCGGAUGCCAAAGAGCGGGGCGGGAGGGUCAGCAGUUCUGUUCCUAACGGCCUUGGACGUGUCACUGCAAUAAAUGGCUCUGCCGGCAGCAUCGCGUGGGGUUUUCAUCUUUAAAGCCAAGAUUUCCAGUUGUCUUCACUGGUCUUAGGCAAGUAGCUUAACCUCCCCAUCCCCUGAGCUAAUUUGUGGCUGGUCCUCAUUAGUCACGCGUGUCCCAGGUCAGCUUUCCGCUCCGCUCCUUCCAGGAUAGGGGCAGUGCGAGUUUCCAGAGCUG